AUGAAAGAGGAUUGUCGCCUGAGGCUUGGAGAGGAAAGGAACGCCAGACUGAAAACCAACUCUCGUCUGGUGGAGCUGGAACUGGAGAAUGAGCGUUUGCGCAGUCUGAACCUCUCUCUGUCUGAAGCUCAUAUGAGCACCUCUGUUCUGGAUGAUGAACGUGUGCUGGAAAGCAUCGAGUCUUCCUUUCACAAAUUCCACGCCUUCCUAGAUCUUCUUAAAGAUGCUGGGCUGGGCCAAUUUGCAUCUAUGGCUGGGAUUGACCAAUCAGACUUUGGAAUACUUGGGAAUCCUCAGCUUUCCUCAACAGAGAGAAGGCCUAUAGGCCACGAUGACCAGGCAAAUGAGGAGAAUGUAGCAAUGAUGGGUGUCCCUGUAUCAGGUACGUCUGCUAACAAUGUAGACGUUUCCCAGAGCCAACCACUACAGGAAUUGCCUUUAAUUCCAGCCAGCAUGAACCGCGCCUCUCCCAUACUGCAGGAGCCACUCGCGUUUGAAGCUCUCGAGCAAAGAGCCAGCGCAGUCUCUCGCUCAGGGAGUUCACUCAGCAGUGCCAGCACUCAAUCCAAAGGCUUAAAAUCCUACAGAUCAAAUGAAUCUGAGGGGAAAGUGUUUUCAGCCGUCGGCUCAAGAGCAUCUAGUCUGUCUCAGUUGGGUUCAGGCAGACAGAGUCAUUCAGGAAGCCAAAAGAGUUCUGCUGGACAGCUCGGGUUUUAGCCAGAUAUAAGAUAAAGAAAUCUUUGAUGAUGUGAUUCGACUUCAUGUAUUUAUUGGAAAGUUAAUGGAUUACCUGGCAUCCACAGCUAUCUGUGUGUUUAUUGUUUUGUCCAGCAUUCUUUUAUGGAGCAUCCUUUACCACUGCACGUUUUUGAUGCCAGGUCUUAUGCUAC